AUGACUACGAAUAUCACUCCCGUGCAUUUCUUCUCUCAUGGCUCGACGAUGAUGCUGGGCGAGGAGUCCGAGGCCGCGACCUACUGGAAGAAAUGCGGCGACGACGCCCUCGCGCACGGGAUCAAGGGCAUCGUAAUGAUGGGCGCCCACUGGGACGCCGACGGCGACCGCGUCGAAGUCGCCAUGAACCCCACCCCCAACAAAUCCCCCGUCGCCUACGUACACCCAGACAAAUACCAACACUACGCCCUGAACCCGGACCUCCCCACCGGCGAACGCUGCCUCUCGCUGCUGCGCGCGGCUGGCUUCCGCAACGCCGAAGGCAACCCCAACUUCGACUGGAUCCACGACACGUACCUAAUCCUAAUCCGCAUGUUCCCCGGCGGGUGCCCGCCAACCACCUUGAUCUCGAUGAACGCGCGCUUCGACCCGCACUACCACGUCAAGAUCGGGGCGGCGCUGCGGCCGCUGCGCAAGGAAGGUUACCUGCUGAUCGGGUCGGGCGGCGCCGUGCACAACCUGUACCGCAACGUCUGGGCGCCCAUGGUCAAGUACUCGGACAACUUUGCGCAGCCGACGCCGCCCGAGGCGUGGGCGCUCGACUUCCGCCAGAGCGUCGAGGAUGUGUUUCGCAACAACAGCGGGCCCGACCUCCGCAGGGCGUUGACGCGGUUGAUGAAGCAUCCGCAGUAUCGCGAUGCGCAGGGCACGGAUGACCAUUUCAUGGCGCUCAUGUUCGUUGCUGGCGCGGCGGGGGAUGAGGAGGAUAGGGGCCAGUAUGGGAGGUUGAUGGCUGAGACGUGGGAAUUGACGAAUAUGGCCAACUCACAGUUCACCAUCGGGACUUGGCCAAAUGCAGUUGCAGCUUCUGCCUGA